UGCCCUCGCCUUUUGCUGCGUGAUGGAUCGAGAUUCUCUUUUGCUUUCUGAGUCUAGUGAGCCCCAAGAGAUGAGGAAAGAAGGCUACAAUGCCAUACCCGCCGUUACAGACUACAAGCAGCCUACUCUCCUUGGAAACGUUCGUAACUUUAAAAGGUUUACGUGGGUGGAGUGGGUAUUCAUUUUCGUCGGUUUGCUAGCGUUUCUGUUUUCUCUCGGCAUUACAAUAGAAAGAUUUGUUCACUUUGAGAAGAACUUUAACGAAUCUGCCGAAGCAUAUCAGACCAUUUGUCAUCCUUACAACAGCACAACUAACUGCAUAGCGGAAUGCCAGGACUGGACUUGUAUCAGUGACUUCUCUUUUGCUGUCAUUCUUAUUAUAAACUUGUCCUUUUGCUUGUUCUAUGGAGCUGAUGGCCUCCUGAGAGAGAGAGCUUACGAGUUCCUUGGCGUCUUUGUUGCAGUUGUCAUUGUCCUUUUAUAUGUAACUAGUAACUUCAUCUAUCACAUGGUGAAUAUAGCCCAAGACAACGAAGAACAAUUUAGUCAUGGGGAACUUGCUGCCCGAAUUAUUCGGCUAGUAGUCUCGUGGAUACUUGGUCCUAUACUAGUUGCAUUUGCUAUAGCAGUGUACUUCAGAAUGGGGAAACUCUGGUUCCUUCUUGUUGGCGGGAACCGAACAUUAAAACGUGCUUAUCAAUGCACUUCUUUCUUGGCUAGCCUCUUGUUUUUCAAUAUCCAGUUACUGAUUAACGUGCUAGUACUUGCUUAUACGCGUAAUGGGACCUUCCUUCAUUCAACCGAAAAGAUCAUUCUACCGAUCAUGGUAGCUUUCAUAAUGUUCAUUACCCCAAUGGGUUGGAUUGGAAUUUGGUAUGAGUUAUACAGUGUCACUGCCAUAUUCUUGGUCUUCCUCCUACUGACUCCUGUCUAUUACAUUUACAAGAUAGUUAAUGUUGCUAAGAACUUUCCACUUUAUAAUUCACAUCCAGGUCGUGAUGGCCCAAGUCAUGAAGUCAACAGCAGUCACUAUGAGCUAGUUGCAGCUGCUUUGUUAGUUGCUAAUGUUAUUGGACUUUUGAUUUUUGUUCUCAUUUGCAUUUUUGCUUUCUUUGUCAUUCGAAAUUUUAAGAAAGCUGGCCUCAAGGAAAAAGUUGAUCCUCCUUUUGCAUUGCUGUACAAGAAGAUUGCUGGAUCUAUGAAUCGUUAAACUUUUUGCUUGAUUUUUUGAGACUAAUUUUGUAAAUGAGCCCAUUUUGCUAUGAUCUUUAUGUUUUUUGUGAAAAUAGUAGAUGUAACAGCGAGUUUACAUUCAUUUUCAUGUUUUAUU